AUGCAAAUUUCUCCAUUUUCCUCCUUAUACUUCACUUCACUGACUGCACGUUCAUUUUCAAUAUAACCUCUUCAAUUCAUUUAGCUUCAAUUAAAAUGUACAAAAACUUGGAAACUUACUUAACUGUAUUUAUUUAUUCUUUGAUUUAAGAAUGAGAAAAUAAUGUUUCUCGAAAGACGAAGUAAAACAAUAAUGA